AUGUCGACUUUUAUUAUCCCAAACAGCACCCCGCAGAUCCCCGUUGCCCUCACGCCCGAUCUUUCGCAGGACCAAUUACUUGCAUUCCCAGCCUUCAAGAUCUGGCUGUCGACAUUACAGCACUCCCUUUCCAGACAAGCUAAUCCGUCUCAUGAAUUCCACGCAGCUCCCUAUACCUUGCGCCACAUACAGAUACAGGCGGUGGACUUCUUCGGCGGCAAUCGUUUGGGGUUCGUGAAGCUCAAGGCUGAUGUUUCUAAUGAUCAUGGCGAGAAGUUGCCAGGAAGUGUGUUUUUGAGAGGUGGGAGUGUUGGGAUAUUGCUAAUCCUCCAACCAAACGAUGUCCCUGAAAACUCCGAAACCGACAAACACGCCAUCCUAACCAUCCAGCCCCGUAUUCCGGCCGGUUCCCUCGCCUUUCCCGAAAUACCCGCGGGGAUGCUUGAUGAUGAUACCGGCACUUUCGCCGGCGGGGCAGCUAAAGAAAUAAAAGAAGAAACCGGCUUAGUUAUACUGCAGGACGAACUUAUAGCCAUAACUGCACUUGCGAAUAGCUUACCGAGAAGGGACCAGAAACAAGAAACGAGAGGGGGAGGUGAAGGUUCAGGAAGAAAAGAUACCAAUGGCAACGGAGAAGAAAAGUUGCAGACAGGUGUAUACCCUUCACCGGGAGGAUGCGAUGAAUUCAUACCACUCUUUCUAUGCCAGAAACGCAUGGCUAGGAAGGAAAUUGAGGAGCUUCACGGGAAAUUGACGGGGCUGAGGAAAGAGGGGGAGAAAAUUACGUUGAAGGUUGUCAAGUUGGAGGCGGUGUGGAGGGAGGCAUGGCGGGAUGGGAAGACGUUGGCGGCUUGGGCGUUAUAUCGGGGAUUAAAGGAGGAGGGGGUUCUGUGA